AAGCAGUAAAAGUGAAAGCAAUGAGGAUUUUUAUGAAGAAAUGUUUGCGAAAAAAGCCCCAGGAAAUGAAACCGGGAGCCAUUUUGGAUGCUGUCAUCUCGCAAUCAUCGGCCACAGCCAGCAAGUGUUUGCUAUACAAAUUGGCUGAUUUUAAAAGAGGUGGAGAUCUUAUAGAUGCCAUAAACACUGGUGGUCUGGUGGCUGUGGAGCAAUUGAUACGCGAACAGUUCGGGGUCUUUAUGUACAACGAUGGCAAGGGUCAAGUCAUAAAUCGUGCCGAAUUCUUACGCUGGAAGUAUCGAGAUCAUACCGAGGUCACCAUACCCAUUGAAGCUUCACUGUCCAUACAUGAUCCGCUGAGCAAAUGGAAGGACCACAGUGCCUGUUGGCAAAUGCAGUAUCGGGGAGCUUUGGGUGAAAGUUUGUUGCAUGUCCUCAUAAUAUGCGAUUCAAAAAUGCACACGAAAUUGGCUCGCAUAUUGCUGAGAGUAUUUCCCCGCUUGGCCUUGGAUGUCAUCGAGGGUGAGGAGUAUUUGGGCGCCAGUGCCCUACAUUUGGCCAUAGCCUAUAGCAACAAUGAAUUGGUAGCUGACUUGAUUGAAGCGGGGGCUGACAUAAAUCAAAGGGCGAUUGGAAGUUUCUUUUUGCCACGAGAUCAACAGAGAGCCAACCCUGCAAAAAGUACCGAUUAUGAGGGCUUGGCUUAUAUGGGCGAAUAUCCACUCUCGUGGGCUGCUUGCUGUGCCAAUGAGAGUGUCUAUAAUUUGCUAAUUGACCACGAUGCCGAUCCAGAUGCCCAGGAUAGCUUUGGCAAUAUGAUUUUGCAUAUGGUGGUAGUGUGCGACAAAUUGGACAUGUUCGGCUAUGCCUUACGACACCCAAGAACUCCCGCCAAGAAUGGGAUCGUCAAUGAUGGUGGUCUGACACCUCUAACGUUGGCCUGUAAAUUAGGUCGUGCUGAAGUGUUCCGCGAGAUGUUGGAAUUAUCCGCCAGGGAGUUCUGGCGUUACAGCAACAUAACAUGCUCGGGAUAUCCAUUGAAUGCCCUGGACACUCUGCUGCCAGAUGGAAGAACAAAUUGGAAUUCGGCUUUGUUUAUUAUCCUAAAUGGUACCAAGGAGGAACAUUUGGACAUGUUGGAUGGUGGCAUAAUUCAACGUCUGCUGGAGGAGAAAUGGAAGACCUUUGCUCAGAAUCAAUUUUUAAAACGUCUUUUGAUUUUGGUGGUUCAUUUGUUGUGCCUCUCGUCAGCGAUUUAUUUAAGACCAGCACAUGAUGGUGAGGAAGAGGAGGAAGAACAAGGGGAACUGGGUGAUGUGAAGCCCACAGAGGCCGAUAUUGAGAACGAGGAAUAUGAUGUGCAGACAAUAGCCAGAUAUUGUGCAGAGCUGUGUACAAUUGCGGGGGUUCUUAGUUUUUUGAUAUUUCAACAGGGUGAUGAGAUUAAGAAUCAAGGAUUAGCUGCCUUUUUGAAGCAAUUGUCCCAUGCUCCUGCCAAGGUGAUUUUUUUGGUUUCAAAUCUCAUGAUUCUGGCUUGCAUACCCUUCCGUCUGAUGGGUGAUACCGAUACCGAAGAGGCCAUUUUGAUAUUUGCAGUUCCUGGCAGCUGGUUUCUGCUCAUGUUCUUUGCAGGAGCUAUUCGCUUAACGGGUCCCUUUGUUACUAUGAUCUACUCCAUGAUAACAGGUGACAUGUUCACCUUCGGCAUCAUUUAUUCCAUAGUUUUGUGUGGCUUUUCUCAGGCCUUCUAUUUCUUAUACAAAGGUCAUCCCCAAUUGAGUUCCACCAUGUUUGAUACCUUCCCCAGCACUUGGAUGGCAUUGUUUCAGACCACCUUGGGUGAUUACAAUUAUCCCGAUCUUAAUCAAACAACCUAUCCCAAUUUGUCCAAAACCGUUUUUGUCAUCUUCAUGAUUUUUGUGCCCAUAUUGCUGCUCAACAUGCUGAUUGCCAUGAUGGGCAACACCUAUGCCCAUGUCAUUGAACAAUCCGAAAAGGAGUGGAUGAAGCAAUGGGCUAAAAUUGUGGUCACCCUAGAGAGAGCUGUCCCUCAGGCGGACGCAAAGAACUAUUUGGAGGCCUACUCCAUACCUUUGGGGCCUUCGGAUGACUCGGGCUUUGAAGUGAGAGGGGUUAUGGUGAUCAAAAGCAAAAGCAAGACCAGAGCCAAGCAACGUAAGGGUGCGGUGUCGAACUGGAAACGUGUGGGUCGGGUGACUCUGAAUGCUUUGAAGAAACGCGGAAUGACCGGUGAAGAAAUGAGGCGUCUCAUGUGGGGACGGGCCUCUAUCUCCAGUCCCAUCAAGAUAACCAAAAAGAAACUGAAAGACCCAUAUAAUCUCCAUCCCGAACAAACUGGGCAAUCCAAUCUAACAAAUGCCAUGGAUAUGCUGAAUUUUGCCAAUGACCCUGUCUCAAGUUCAGGCAUGAUAAUGAAAACCUCCAGCCCCACCACCAUAAGUAAGAAGGAAGCGCCUUUGGUGCCAGCCCCUGAUCCCUUGAGAGACUUAAUUCUAAUGGCCGAAGAGGCACCGGAAGUUCGUGACCCCCAAUUCUAUGUAGCCCUCAAGCAGUUGGCCAACAAAGCCUUUGAUUUGGUGGAACAGACAAUGAAAACCCAGCCACCCAUGGAGAGCAAACCACCCACUGAGGCCACAAGCCUCAAGGAUGUCAAAUUGAUCAAACUACCCGAACAACCUGUGGUACCUGUGGAUAGUGCUACGGCAGCCUUGGGUGUCAUGCCUAUGGGUACGAACUUGACCAACCUCUUCCAAGAUCCCAAGGACAUUGUCGAUCCCAAGAAAUUGGAGCAAUUCAUGAAAAUGGUGGCCGAUGUUGAAACCGAGGAAAGCGAUGGGGGAGGUCCCAUAUUGGGAAAGUUAUCACUGGCUCGCAGGACUCGCAAUGCUUUGUUUAAGGCUCCUCUACCUAAAAGUACCCUGGGAGAUAGUUCGGACAAGUUGAUCAAUUCGGUGUGGGAUAAUGUGCGACCAAAGGAGGAGGACGAAGAGAGUAUUCCGGCUUUUGAUUUUCAGGAAGCUUUGGCGGAACACAUUCUAACUGUGGAACAAGAAGCCGAUGUUGAGACCGAGGACGCCAAUGAUACUUCAGGUGAAACGAUGGAAGAUAUGCCCACCGUGGAAGAAGUUCAUGCCACCAUGAAACAAUUCCAUUUGCGCAAGCGUCAAUAUCAGCAGGAUGAUGCUGCACGUAGGGCCAAAACUGCUCGUAUAAGGCGCAAAAAUAGAGUUUCUCCAGAGUAUACUGGAGAGGAAUCAUCUGACUAUCAGAGAGGCCGUUCGGCUCCUUUAAAGAAAAAACGUGAAGUGGAAGUAUCACCCCCAGAUCCUCUUGAGCCCUGGAGUACCCGUGAAUUACAAAACAUCAAUAAGAUCCUAGCAAAGAAAUAAACUCAAACUAUUUUCUCAAUAUGAAACGAA